AUGGCAACUCUGGAAAACGGGGACACAAUUCCUACAUAUGCCGAGGCCUUUCCACCUCUUGGAGGAUCUUCUUCAGCUAUCCCCUCUACAUCUUCCUGGGGACCUAUUAAGUCUAUACCUACCUCCUCUAUAACUCAGGUAUUUCGUGUACCUUAUGAAGAACGUCGAUACAAAACAAGUGAUCCAGCAUUUGGAGGAGAGAAUCAGCAAGCUACUGUUGUUCGUGAUAUCAUGGCAAGCACUGGAUGUAAAAUUGAGAUGAAUCAAUCGAAGGAUCUUAGUCUGACCAUUAUGGUUACUGGUCGUCCUUCAGCUGUGAAAGAGGCUCAGAAAAUGAUUAUGACUGAACUUCAUACCAAAUUUACUGUUGAACUUCAUGUACCAAAACAGUUUCAUCGUAUGAUUCUUGGUAAAGGGGCUAACAAUAUCAAACAAUUGGAACAAUCUUCUAAUACUAAGAUUACUGUUCCUCGAUCUGAUGAUUCAUCUGACAUUAUACGUAUCAGUGGUAACAAAGAAGGAGUUGAAGUAGCUAAGCGACAAAUUAAGUCACUUUCUGAUGAUCUGUGUCUGUUGAGGCUAACAGUAUGGUUUCUGAAGAAGUUUCUGCCCCUUCGUGGCUCCAUCGUUUCAUUAUUGGACGUGGAGGAGAGAAAUAUUAAAAGUAUUACACAGGACCUUCAUGUGACAGUUAACUUUCCCAAUGAAGGAGAUGUCAUUGUUAUUGAGGGACCUCCAGAGGAAGUACAGGUAGCACGAGAGUCAUUGGAGAACUUCACUGAUGGAUUGGCCAAUGAGACCUCUGUGACAAUUGAAAUUGAACAAAAAUGGCACAAGAUGGUCAUUGGAGCGAAUGGAGAAAAUAUGAAAGAGCUUCGCGACCGAUUUCCUGGUGUCCAUGUGGCCUUUCCUGAGCCUGGUCGUCGUAGCAACCAUGUUACUUUACGUGGCCCAACUGAGGAAGUGGACAAAUGUUCUACUUAUUUAAUGAAACGUGCUAAGGAUAUUGCUUCCAUUGUUGAAGUGACUAUUCGAAUAUCUCACAAACAACACAAUGCUAUCAUUGGUCCUCGUGGUAAACUCAUUCGCUCUGUUAUGGAAGAGUGUGGCGGCAUCCGUAUUCACUUCCCACCAAGUGACUCUGACAGUGAUGAUAUUCGUCUACAUGGUCCUAAGGAUGAUGUUUCUAAAGCGAAAGCUAUGUUAUUAGAAAUGGCUGUACAACAUGCUGUGGAGAAUUACACUGUUGAGUUGAAGUGCAAACCAGAAUACCAUCGUUUCUCAUUGGAAAGGGACAAUAUUGUACAAGAGGAAAUAUCUGUUGAUUCCAAAUACCAUCGAUAUUUUGUACAACGUCGAGGACAGCUCAUUCAUGAGAUAUCUGAGGAGAAUGGUGGUGUCAUUAUCGUCUUUCCGCGAUCUGGAUCCACAAGUAACAAAGUUCUUAUCAAAGGUGCUAAGCAAUGUGUUGAAGGAGCUAAACAAGCUAUUGUUGAAGUCAUUGAAGACCUGGAAGCCCAAGUCACUAUUGAUUGUGUCAUUCCUCGUAAAAAUCAUCGUGACGUAAUGGGUCCCAAAGGUAUCAACGUUCAAGCCAUCACUCAAGAGCAUAAUGUCACCAUUAAGUUCCCAGACCGUGAGAGCCGUCAAGAAGCCCAAGCCCCAUCCGUUCCUGUCAAGGAUGAGGAUGAUAAACCUGUCACUGAAAAUAGGGAGGAGAAACAAGAUGGAGUUGAGAAUGUAGAAGUAGCUGAUGACAAAGAAGAAGAGCAGCAAGCUAUUGAUCCACGUGAUAUUAUAACUAUUUCUGGAAGAUUGGAGAAUUGUAACAAUGCAAAAGAAAGCACUAUUGGUCAAGAAAUACGCACACUUGCUGACAAGUAUGGUGUCUCUGUUGAAGUCCCUCCUCUGGAACGACAAGAGAGCAAGAUUACUCUUCAUGGCCCUGUGCAAAACUGUGAUGAUGCCAGGCAAGCGUUGGAGAGGCGUGUCUUGGAACUAGAGGCUGAAAAGGAAGAACGAGAACUUCGUAGUUACACAGAGGUGAUCAAGGUUAAUCCUAAGUAUCAUCCAAAUAUAAUUGGUCGUCGUGGGGCCACUAUUAACAAGAUACGUGAAGAUCAUGGAGUUCAUAUACAGCUGCCUGAAAAAGACCACGCCCAAUCCGAUGAGAUCACCAUAAUUGGAUAUGAGCAUCAAGUACAUUCUGCUAAAGAUGCUAUCUUGAAGAUUGUUCGUGAACUGGAGGAGCAAAUCACUGAAGAGGUAGAGAUUGAUCAUCGUGUACAUAGUAAACUCAUUGGUGCUAAAGGAAAGGCCAUUGCUAAAGUGAUGGAAAAGUUCAGUGUUAACAUUCGUUUUCCCAAGGACAAAUCAAGCUCCAUUGUGACAGUCACUGGACUGGAAGAGAAUGUGGAAGAUGCUAAAGAUUAUUUGUUACUUACUGCAGAAGAACAUACAUUUGCAAUGGCUAAUGAAGCUGCAUCGCCAAGUUCGCAAGGUAGAGGUAGCAGCAGUGACGAACAAGAACCGGAAAGGCCAGAAAGAAUGAGAGACUGGCUUAUUCGCAUGAUUAACAGCAAGAGGUUUCCCGGUUUGGAAUGGCUAGAUCCCGAAAAGACGAUCUUUAAAGUGCCUUGGAUUCAUGCCAAGAAAAGGGGCUACAAUCGGGAAAGAGACGCGGCUCUCUUCAAAGAAUGGGCUAUACACUCGGGAAAAUAUCGCGACGAAUCCGAUCCCACUGUUUGGAAGAUAAACUUCAGAUGCGCCAUUAAUGGGCUCAAAGACAUAAUCGAGCUCAAAGAUCUUCAGACAGAAGAUUGCCGAGUCUACAAAGUUCUCCCCAGAACUCGCCCACCCAAAAGAAGGCGAAGAUCGUUGCGCAGUUCUGUUUGA